AGUGGAGUAGUAUUUAAGUUUAAUUAGAAAGAAAGCAAACCUCUACCAAAAAGAAAAAGACAAACCAUAGUAUGCUUUUAAGCUUCAGCUCUCCUUUUGAAUUCUACUAAUUGUUCCAAGGUUUGGCAUUGUUGCUUUGAGAGAGAGAGAGAGAGAGAGAGAGAGAGAGGGAGGGAUAGAGAGAUGGGGAGAGGGAUGAGAGUAGAGGGCUCGAUGAACUAUGUGCUGGACAUAAGUGCAGCAGAAGGAGAAUUCGGGGCUGAAAACUGGAUAAACUAUGUGCUUGAAAAGUUGAGGGAAAUAGGGAAAGCGAUGAGCCCAGAGGAAUGGAUCAACUUUGUGCGGGAGAAGUUGAAGGAAUUCCUGGCAGUGCUCCAGCACCUUGGCAAGAUCUUUAUGGCAAAGCUGAAACACUGGGCCCAGGUUGCCGCUCCCUACAUCGUCGCCGCAGUGGCUUUAUGCAUCUUAUGGAUCCUCCUUCGCUUCUUCCUCAGCUGCUGCUGCCUCGUUGGCAGAGGAGUAGGAUCGGUGGCCAAGACGAUGAUAGCUCCUGGAACUGCCGGGGCUGUCAGGAUUCUUAGGGCUCCCUUUGAAGCAAACCCCGCAGCGUAUUUCCGCGGUCUCCGCUGAGCGUGAUCGUAUCUGCUUCACCAUUUGAGUGUCUCGAUCUCUCUGUUUGGUAUCCAAUAUCUCUAUAUAUGUAUUUCUGUGUCAAUUGUUAUGUGUGUUUCUUGCUUUCAUGCCAAGUACGUUCUGUUUGCUGAGUCGUUUGGUGUUUCUUUGAACUUACUAAAAGAAUUCUCUGUGUUUGUACGUCUUAAGUAUUUUUUUUGUGUAUAAAGAGAGAGGGACCAUGAUCGGUGAUGGUGAUUCGCAAUAUGUAGAAGAUCUGGCCGGUGAUGCAUGUUGUUUGUGAAGGGUUUUUAGUAUACGUACGUUCCUACCUUUAAUAGCA